UGCAAUUCGAUUUAGGACAUAAUGUUAGGAAGCCUCCUCGUUUAAAAGUUAAAACCUCUCUUUCUGCGGAAGAAACACGCUUGAGAUAUCUUUCCCCAAAUUCGAAAGAACCCUAAUUUUUUCCGAUUCCGAUUGAUCAAACAAGCGAAUCCCGAUUAACUGAUCGAGGAGAUGGGUAAUACAGAUAAGCUGAUGAACCAGAUCUUUGAAUUGAAAUUUACGUCAAAGUCUCUGCAGAGGCAAGCUAGGAAGUGCGAAAAAGAGGAGAGAUCGGAGAAGCUCAAGGUAAAGAAAGCCAUUGAGAAAGGUAACAUGGAUGGUGCUCGGAUCUAUGCCGAGAACGCCAUUCGCAAACGCAGCGAGCAGAUGAACUACCUUCGUCUCUCUUCUCGAUUGGACGCUGUUGUUGCUCGACUCGAUACCCAGGCUAAGAUGGCUACCAUCACCAAAUCGAUGACCAACAUUGUCAAAUCCCUCGAAUCGUCUCUUACCACUGGCAACUUACAGAAGAUGUCUGAGACGAUGGAUUCGUUUGAGAAACAGUUUGUGAACAUGGAAGUCCAAGCUGAGUUCAUGGAUAAUGCAAUGGCUGGCUCUACUUCAUUGUCGACUCCAGAAGGAGAAGUCAACAGCUUGAUGCAGCAAGUAGCAGAUGAUUACGGUCUUGAAGUUUCUGUUGGACUACCUCAGCCUGCUGGUCAUGCCAUUCCUACCAAGACUGAAGAGAAAGUUGAGGAGGAUGAUUUAACCAGGAGACUUGCCGAGCUUAAAGCCAGAGGUUAAUUAGCUAACCUAACAAAAAAAAAAACUGUAUUUGGAUUCUUCUUUUAUUGAGAUGUUGAUGCUAUUAAUCCCUGAACAUGAUGGGAAUGUUUGUGUAAAUUGCUCACCCUGGUACAUGCUUUUGUUUAUAUAAAACCUAGAGUGUGUUUUUACAAUGAGAAAUUUCAUCAUCUGCUUAAUGGUUUGGAUUAGUUGUACAAAUGUUAAUUCUCCAGAUGUGUCUCUGGUAGUAGUUCCACCAAAU